GUGGCAUCUCAUGAAGGACACUCUCCCUAUACCUUGGGCUGUGAAAUGGCAUUGAAGCAACACUCAGGAUCCUCCCCCCUUUCCCCUGGAGAGGAAACAGCCACCAUGCAGCCAGCUCAGGGGCCGGUGACCUUCGAGGAGGUGGCCUUGUAUUUCACGGAGGAGGAAUGGGUCCUGCUGGAUCCAGGCCAGAGAGCUCUUUACGAGGAGGUCAUGGUGGGGAUUCAUGAGAUGAUCACCUUUCUGGGAUAUAUCUGGGGGCUCACAGAUGAGGGGGAACCAUCAGAAGCAUCACCAAAAAGAGUUGAGGAGAAGAAGGAACAGAAAUUGGGGAAUCAAGAUGGAGGAAAGAGACAAGAGGGCAGACAAAAGCAUAAACAAGGGGAUGAAUCCAGAGCUUCUCAGGAUGGCUGUGAAAUGGCAUUGAAGCAACACUCAGGAUCCUCCCCCCUUUCACCUGGAGAGGAAACAGCCACCAUGCAGCCAGCUCAGGGGCCGGUGACCUUCGAGGAGGUGGCCUUUUAUUUCACGGAGGAGGAAUGGGUCCUGCUGGAUCCAGGCCAGAGAGCUCUUUAUGAGGAAGUCAUGGUGGAGAUUCAUGAAAUGAUCACCUUUCUGGGAGAUAUCUGGGAGCUCAAAGAUGAGGGGGAACCAUCAGAAGCAUCACCAAAAAGAGUUGAGGAGAAGAAGGAACAGAAAUUGGGGAAUCAAGAUGGAGGAAAGAGACAAGAGGGGAGACAAAAGCAUAAACAAGGGGAUGAAUCCAGAGCUUCUCAGGAUGGUGAAUAUACAAUUCCAUGGGAAACUCAUCACCUAAAGGAAACAAGAAUGUCUCGAGAGUGCAGUAAAAUCUUCAGUUGUCAAAAAAAUCAAAAUACACAUCACGGAAGGCAUGUGACAGAGCAACAGUACAAAUGCUUGAAAUAUAGGAAGGGAUCUUUUGAUAAAUUGAGCCUUGUUAGACAACAGAUAGUUCACACCAGGGAGAAACCAAGUACAUCCUUAGGCUGUUGGAAAAGUAUCAGUCAGAGUGAAAGUCUUGCUUCCAGUCAAGAAAACCAUACUGGGGAGAAACCACAUAAAUUCUCCAAAGGUGGCAAAAGCUGUUCUGACCGGUUCUUGAUUGUUAGCCAUGAGAAAAUUUGCACAGCAGAGAAAUUCUCUCAAUGCUUGGAGUGUGGUAAGAUUAUCAAAGAUUAUCACCUGGCUGGACAUCACAGAAGUCACACAGGGGGAAAACUUUAUACCUGCCCUGAUUGUGAGAAGUGUUUCAGCCAGAGGUAUAAUCUGACAAGAGAUCAGAAGAGUCCCAUAGGAAACAAACGAUAUACAUGCCUAGAAUGUGGAAAGAGCUUCAGUCAUUAUCACCACCUUACUUCGCAUGAAAGAACUCAUACAGGGGACAAACCUUAUAAAUGCUUGGAGUGUGGAAAGAGCUUUAGUCAGCAUGGCACCCUUACUUCACAUCAGAGAACUCAUACAGGGGACAAAUCUUAUCAAUGCUUGAAAUGUGAAAAGAGCUUCAGUCAUUAUCACCACCUUACUUCACAUCAAAGAACUCAUACAGGGGACAAACCUUAUAAAUGCUUGGAGUGUGGAAAGAGCUUCAGACAUAGUAGCACCCUUACUAAACAUCAAAGAAUUCAUACGGGCGAUAAACCUUAUAAAUGCUUGGAGUGUGGAAAGAGCUUCAAUCAAAGUAGCACCCUUACUAAACAUCAAAGAACGCAUACAGGGGAGAAACCUUAUCAAUGCUUGGAGUGUGGAAAGAGCUUCAGUUACAAGGGCACCCUUACUAAACAUCAAACAACUCAUACAGGGGACAAACCUUAUAAAUGCUUGGAGUGUGGAAAGAGCUUCAGACAUAGUAGCACCCUUACUAAACAUCAAAGAAUUCAUACGGGCGAUAAACCUUAUAAAUGCUUGGAGUGUGGAAAGAGCUUCAAUCAAAGUAGCAUCCUUACUAAACAUCAAAGAACUCAUACAGGGGAGAGACCUUAUAAAUGUUUGGAAUGUGGAAAGAGCUUCAGUUACAAGGGCGCCCUUACUAAACAUCAAACAACUCAUACAGGGGACAAACCUUAUAAAUGCUUGGAGUGUGGAAAGAGCUUCAGUCAGAAUAGCACCCUUACCUCACAUGAAAGAACUCAUUCAGGGGACAAACCUUAUAAAUGCUUGGAGUGUGGAAAGAGCUUCAGUCGGAGUAGCAUCCUUACUUUACAUCAAAGAACUCAUUCAGGGGACAAACCUUAUGAAUGCUUGGAGUGUGGAAAGAGCUUCAGUCAGAGUGGCAACCUUUCUUCGCAUCAAAGAACUCAUACAGGGGACAAACCAUUUCAAUGCUUGGAAUGUGGAAAGAGCUUCAGUCGGAGUAGCACCCUUACUUUGCAUCAAAGAACUCAUUCAGGGGACAAACCCUACAAAUGCUUCUCUGUCAGCCCCUAAAAUGAUGGGAAAGUGUUUCUAGAGGUGUUUGUCCCAUGACCUCCCAUUUACCAAUACAGAACUGAAUCUUUAUUAAGAAAACGUGAGGUGAGAUAAAAGGACAAAGUAGAAUG